AGGAGGACAGUUUUUGUGACUUUCGGUGAACAAUCAUGCCAGUAGACAAAAAGAAAAUGAAAGACCUCCACAUCAAUCUCAUAUCAACCAUAGCCCUAGACUACCUCGAUCCCUCCAUUAAUAGUGGACACGAUCACCAGAGGUUUUUGUUGAACUGCAGACGGUAUCUUAAAACACCAAGAGAACAAUCUAUAAGAGAUGUUGUCAAAGUAUUGGAUUGUUUUGAACAGAAAGGUCUUAUGUCUCCGGGACACUACCACGUGUUAAAAGAUGUGGUGAAAGACGUUAAUGUACAAAUUGUUGAACUAAUUGAAGAAACAGAAGGAAAGAUGGGCAUUUCAGGGCGUGAAGGGGACUCAUAUAGUGAUGAGGAACGAUCAGACGACAGUAAACGCAGAAAAGACAAAGACAACAAAGCGUCUCAGGGUGGAAAAGCAGACGGUGCCUCAAAUGUUCACUACACAUUCAAUAUUGGUGACAUCGACGCUGGAGGAGGAGUAGUUGCCUUUGGGAAUGCAGGGAAUGCAAGGAUAAAGCAAACGAAAUAAGAUUAAAAGUUCAACAUUUGUAAAUUUCCAAAAAGAGCAUCAAACUUACGGAUCAGGUCUAUUCAAUGCUUCUAUUAUUGAUGUGAAUCAUAAUAGAUAGGAUAACUCAGGGUGGUCAUUGUUUAAGUCUCUCCAGUUGUAUAAUGUACUUACAUGUAUAUUGAAAUGGGUUUAUAUUCAGUUACAAGUUCUUUCCAGAAUAUCAAAAAAUAGACUGAAAAUGUUGGGUAUUUAUGAUGGUUUAAAGAUUUUGAGGAAGAAGUUUCUGUACAUCAUUGAGUAUCAUAGUAAACUACUUUACACUGUACUUGUUUAUCAAUGCAACAAAAACCUCCAUUAUAUGUGUGUGUGUGUAUGUUUUGUGUAAACUCUCCUUUGAUUUGUAAAAUAUGAGCUUUGAAGAUGAGAAUUCUAUCAUUUUUAGAUAUUUCUUUUCGCUCACAUUUUGAAAUAUCACUAUUUUAAA